UAGCCACCACCGUUGUCACCGCCCGUGUGCCUCACGAGAUUGUGCCUCCAUAGCCUGGGAUCGUCAUUUUGAAGGUCUUUUCCUUCUUGUACUCCUCGGUGACAUUGCAGAUUGCUGGCAUUUCUGAAGAAAACUAGAGCUUGUGUCGACACUUUGAGCCCUCCAGUGCCGCAUUUUUGAGAAUGUUGGCUGCCGUUGCCGUGAAGAAAUUGUGGUGCCGGAGUCUUUUGGCGGAGUGAAUUUCCGUGGUUGCGUUGGUGAUUGAUGCGGACGAAAGUACUCUGGGUAGAUUGGCGUCGUGGAUACUUUGAGAGUUAAUUGCUCGAGGAGGAGGAGUUGUGUACAUGCUGAUCGAAGCAGUUGCAUUUGCGUUCGAAGUUUGUUACGUGUAGGAGAGGAGUUGAUUGCUUCCCUGAGGUGACCGUUUGGAAAGUGAUGUGUAGGUAGAUGUAGUGGGCGGAAAGCGAGUUGCUCGUCUUGGUUGCAGCUUGCAUUUCGUUGCGGCGUCUCUUCCACAGUAAUUUGGAUCCGAUUCGUGAUUUACUAUGGGCUGCAGCCAUUGUUGAGAUUCGACUCCGAUUCCUGUGUAGGAAGUGCUCGCUCGAUUGGAGUGAGCGAGCCGAGUUCAAGGGGCUAGUCAGUCUCCUCAACUCUUGCAGGUUGCUUCUCUGAAAGUCCGAGUGUUCUUUCUUCGAACCGUGCUUCUAAGGCUUUGUGAUAGAGGAAACCAAACCUUUCUGCGACGAAUUGGUUCUUAAGAAGUGUUUGUCGCGCAUUAAGCAGCUUUCCGCAAGCUACUGAGAAGUGCGAAUUCUCUUCGGGAUUAUGGAGGGCAAUUAUGUUUGCCUGAGGCAUUGAGUUUUUAUGCUGUGUUGCAUUUGCGAAUGAUAGCAGAAUUCAUCAGGCUAUUCAGUGCGGUGUGCACUUCACGAAGUUAAAGCAGAUCCCCGGAAUUUCGUGUAGAGGAUUCGAGUAAGUUAUCAGAGCUGGAGAAGGGACUUGGUGAACACUGCCGCCACUGCUCAGGUGUGGUGCAAGUAAACGCCUGAAGCUCGAGAGUGCUUGCCAAGUACGACACGGAAGAGAGCAGUUAGAAUCCAUGGUUGGUCCAGUCUCGCCGAGGGUCACUAGUGAGAGUUUGACAAAUGAUGGGCAUCGUAUCGAGAAGCCCCGCUGGCAAGCUCUACCUUGGGGCGCACAUCAAUAUAAUUUGCAAACAAGGCCGCACCAGACGAAGUACUACGCUGGAGGGGAUUCUGGAAAGCGGAAUAGCCAGAGAAGCAUGAAUGGAGCAGAUAACAGAGUGGGAGGCUUGCCGGACGUGGUUGGACGAGUUAACAUACCGUCCACGGCCUGCUCAUCUGGCCAAUCCUCUUCCCAAUCAAAUUUAGACCGCUUUCUCGAGGAGACUUCUCCUCGUGUGAAGACUCAAACUCUUCCCAAGUCUCGCUUACCGAGUGCAAUGAGACGGUGUAAUCCCGAAGUGACACCCUACUUCAACCUCCGAGAUUUAUGGGACUCUUUCGAUGAGUGGAGCGCAUAUGGAUGUGGGGUGCCUUUGAUGUUGAAUGGCGACGAGAGCGCGGUGCAGUAUUAUGUGCCUUAUCUCUCUGCUCUUCAGCUGUAUGUGCCAUCACGGCGACCAGACCGGCCUAUCGGAUACAGGCGUCCAGGGUCAGAAAGUGACACUUGCAGCGAAGCUAGCAGUGAUGGAGAGAGCGAAACCUUGCCACCGAACUUAGGAAAAGGUUCCAGGCUGGAACUAUCAUAUACAUUCGUCAAUGGCGAUAAAGUAGAUGUGUGGUCUUAUUUUGAGAAGAGUCCCCCAUAUAGCCGAGUGCCUCUUGUUGAUAAGAUUGCUGACCUGUCAAAAGACUUCAAGCCUGAGAAAGAUCCUUUACGCACACUCCGGAGUGUGGACCUUCUUUCGAAAAGCUGGCUUUCGGUGGCUUGGUAUCCCAUUUACCGAAUACCUACUGGGCCCACUCUACGGGAUUUAGCUGCUUGCUUUCUCACAUUUCAUCCACUGUCAACACCAUUUCAAGAUGGAGACGUUUCUUUAAGACUAGGAAGUCGCGGUUAUGAUACUGUGAGUCCAACGAGGUGCCCUCUGAGUGCCAAGCCACUUCGUGCGUUUGGACUUGCUUCCUACAAGCUCCGAGGCGCGAUUUGGUCUUCCAAUCCUGAAAAGCGGCUGGCUUCGACGUUGCAGCACUGUGCAGAUGAGCAUCUAAAGGAUUUAUGUGUUGAACACCCGGACUUCAAUUACUUCACUUCUCAUACGGCUCCGACUCGCUACUGAAUCGUGAGUUGUAACAGUGGGUUGUAACAUUACCAUGUAUGUAUGUCCCUUCAUUACCAUGGUCAUAUAAUGGCUAUGCGAGGUUAGAUUAGUCAUCUCAUCAAAUAGCUGUUGAUGCAAUCUUUCAAGCAAUUCUCUUGAGGUUAAAAGCCAGGUUGUGCAAGUUCAAGUUGCACGUUUUGUUCUGGCAUUUUUAACAGGCCAGUGUAGCUGUAGUUUCAGUUUUCCCUUCAUCUGAAACCUAAAAAAAGUACAAACGAGGACCAGAAAAUUCUAAUUUGAGUUCUUGCACUUCAUUCGAGUUUAUAGAGUAGUGUAGAGGCAAAGCUUCUUGCAGCCUCAUAUACUUUAGUGGACAUCCAUACCAACCAUUGGAAACUGUUCAUGACUUGUGAUUCUCAUCAAUCGUAGUUGAAGUGGCAAUCCGUAGCAAGGAGGAGAUAUUCACUCAUGACCCUUUAUAUACCUGUAGCAUCAUUCGAGAGGUCCUUGGAUCAACUGAUUGCAUAGCUAGACAACAGUACUUGGUGUCCCCCCACCUUGUUUUUUUCCAUUACCAAGCACUGAACACAUUUUGGCCCCUUUGAAAUCUCAUUUCAAUGCUGUACAUGAAUGGAAAUUUCAAACAUUCCAAUUCUUCAGAAAUGCCACUUCUGCAUGUUCGUUAUACGAAUGUGCAAUUUACUCCUUGUA